GUCAAAUUCACGAUUUUCCAGCACACGUAUCACUAAUCAAUGCCCAAUCGAUAAAUUAGUGUCGCCCACAUUAUAAAAAUUAAUAAUAAACAUUUUUUUUUUAAAUUAAAAAAAACAAUGAAAAUAAUAAUUUUCCAUGUAAACUUUUUGCUAUUUUUAAAAUUUUCCCAUGGCAUGCUGGAAGGCCUGUACUGUGGGGAGGAUAAUUGUUACGACUUGCUUGGCUUAACAAGAGAUUCGCCCAAGAGUGACAUAAGCAAAGCAUAUAGGAACUUAGCAAAGAAAUGGCAUCCUGAUCGGCAUAAAAAAGAUAAGGAUGAAGCAGCUUCUAUGUUUCAAAAGAUUGCAACGGCUUACGAGACUCUGAGAGAUGAAGAGAGCCGAUCAAACUAUGACUACAUGUUAGACCACCCAGAGGAAUACUACUCGCAUUAUUACCGCUACUAUAGGCGACGAGUGGCCCCAAAAGUCGACAUUCGCGUCGUCAUCGUCGUCACUAUUACGCUAAUUUCCUUUAUACAAUAUUAUAGUGCUUCGAACAAUUACAAGUCAGCCAUUGAUUACUUCGCGACCGUACCUAAGUACCGAAUUCAAGCUGUAGAGUAUUGUAUGAAGGAAGGCAUGAUGUCGAGGGAUGGAAAGAAUGUGAAAAAGAAAGAUAAGAGUAAAAGUAAGGAAGAGCUGAAAGAAGAGGAAGAAAAUAUGAUCAAAUCUGUCAUCAGAGAAAAAAUAGACAUCAAGGGUGGUUAUAGUAAGCCGACGAUUUAUGACACAUUGUGGAUUCAGCUGUUUAUGUUUCCAUACUAUCUCGCUCUAUAUAUCAUAUGGUACUUCAAAUGGUUCUACCGAUACAACAUACUGAAGCUUGAAUACACAGAGGAGGACAAGCAGUAUGUAAUUAGGAGAUACAUGGGUCUCAGUCAGAUUAAGUGGGAGGGUCUGGAUGAUAACGAAAAAGAAGACAUGAUGAGAAGAGAACUUUGGAUCAAAGAAAACUUCCAAGCUUACAAAAAAGAGAAGCAGGACGAGAUGAAGGAACAAAUGGCCGACAGUGGUCGCUACAAGCAGUACAGGCGAUACAUGAAGAAGGGGGGUCCAGGACAGAUGACGUUCGGCCCGGAUUAG